CUUCUUGACCUGGAUAAAUCAAUUAUGAAUCAAUUUAUUACAUAUCUUGAGAUACAUAUCCCUUUAUUAUAUAUUUCUGUUAAUAAUGAAAUUUAUGCAUGAGAUCUAUCCAUCUUCGUGUACUUUAGGGGCUGCCAAUUGUCAACGCGACCAUUUGCAGCCAGAGAGCAACCCCAAUAAUUGGAAAAUGUCCGGAUUCGCUGCGGCGGGUCUCGUGGCUUUCGAUUCCAUCAAGUCCAAAGCAUCGCAAAAACUAGCUGGGUUCAGAAGAAGCAAUGCUGGCUACGAGGAAUUCGAAACGCCCCGUGAGGGUAGCAAAGACAAUAAGGGAUUCGAAGAUGAGAGAGAAUACAGUAGACAAGCCUCGUUUGAAUCGCUCCCGGAACCUGAACGGCCCCCAUUGCGUCACAUUGAUACUUACUGCAAGCCAGAAUGCCCCUGUCUAUCGAAAAGAUAUACCAUUGCCACUUUGGCUUGUAUAGGAUUUGUGAUCUCGUUCGGUAUGAGGUGUAACAUGGGCAUGGCCAAGAUGGCCAUGAAGAAUGCCACCGAAGACAAUGACAACCACACUCUCAGGUUCAACUGGACAGUUGGAACGGAGAGCGCCCUUGACUCGUCCUUCUUCUGGGGCUAUCUGCUGACCCAAGUGCCAGGAGGAUUCGUCGCUUCCUUGUAUCCCGCGAACAAGAUAUUCGGUGCUGCUAUCGCCAUAUCCUCGUUCUUGAACCUGCUGGUGCCCGGCGCGCUGAAAGUUGACCCCAUCGUCGACAUGAUCGUACAAGUUAUAAAAGGUUUGGUGGAGGGUGUCACGUAUCCAGCUUGCCACGGUAUUUGGAAGUAUUGGGCACCACCGUUGGAGAGAUCUCGUUUAGCAACGCUGGCGUUUUGCGGUUCCUACGCUGCUAUGGUGAUAGGAAUGCCGCUUUCCGGCUGUUUGACCACGAUCUUCGGCUGGACAGCGUCCUUCUACUUUUACGGUAUGUGCGGAUUGAUCUGGUACUGUUUCUGGUUGUGGCUAGCGUUCGAGAAGCCGUCGAAACACCCUUGCAUCUCGGCGCGCGAGCUUCGUUACAUCGAGGAUUCCCUUGGCCAGGGGCAAACCCAAAUGGCGAUGCCGACGUUCGCCACGACACCUUGGCGGAAAUUCUUGACCUCGAUGCCGGUGCACGCCAUCAUCGUGGCUAAUUUCUGCAGAUCCUGGAAUUUCUAUCUGCUGGUGCUUUUUCAAGCUCGUUUCAUGCACGAAGCUUUCGGCAUGGCUCUACUCGAAACUGGUGUCAUCGGCUCGCUUCCUCAUUUAUUGAUGACAAUGAUCGUGCCUUUGGGAGGACUGUUGGCCGAUCACAUUCGCAAGCGUGGAAUAUUAUCGACGACGAAUGUGAGGAAGCUCUUCAAUUGUGGCGGUUUCGGUAUGGAGGCUCUUUUCUUUUUGGUGGUUGCCCAUGCGACGACGAAAAAGAAUGGAAUGGCGGCGAUUAUCGCGCUGGCGUUCGGGGUCGCAUGCAGUGGUUUCGCCAUCUCCGGUUUCAACGUGAACCAUUUGGACAUUGCGCCCAGAUACGCCAGUAUCUUGAUGGGGAUGUCGAAUGGAGUCGGCACGAUAGCGGGAUUGCUGGUGCCCAUCUUUGUAGACCACAUCACGGAGAAAAAGGAUACUCAGAGUUGGAAAAACGUGUUUCUUAUAGCGGCAUGCGUCCACAUAUUCGGCGUAACAUUCUAUGCGAUAUUCUGUUCCGGUGAGCUACAACCUUGGGCUGAUCCCAGUAUGGAAGAACAGAAGAAUUUCGCUAUGGAUGAAUUUGGACAAGCAAAGCCACCUAUCCCACCACCACCGAGCACUAUGCAGUCCGAAUUUAUCAAACAACCAUCCAUGGGAGGUGGAGCAACCGAUGAUUGGAGUAAUUAUGAUCAACAACCCGUGGACAAUAUGUAUGCUCAACAGGAGAAACCAGUGAUAAGUUAUGGGUCGACAGAAACCAACACUAACAAUCCCUUCCAUUCGACGAAUCCCUUCGCCAGUGAUAUAAACGCGAGCCUGGUACAACCACCAACGAUUAAUGAUUAUGCGUAUGAUGUAACACAGCAGAAUCAACAGUGGAAUUAAAUUCAUCGAUCCCUCAACUAAUUGGACGGACGUAAGGAAAUAUGUUUAAGCUGACCGAUCAUUUUUUAAUCGAUUACGUUUAUUUCAUAAUUGCAUCUAGUACUUCCACUACUUUUUCUAUUCAUUGUUUAUUAAGAAAAAA